AUGGGUGGUAAAAGAAAGGCCGGUGGUCGCCCCCCAAAGGCUGAAGCUCCCGCGCGCACCAAGUUCGACAUUGAAGAACGCUUUGACGACUCCGAGGAUGAAUUCCAGGCCGGCCGCGACCAAAUUCUGCUGGAUGAAGCCCCCGAGGCCAAGCGGCGGCGCAGAGUUGCCCAAGAUGAAGAGGAUCUUCAAGAUUCCGAGGAGGAGGUUCUAGGCUACGACGAUGUCGACGAAGACGAGGAUGAUUUCCAGGACGAAGAAGACUCCGAGGAUGAAUACGAUGAUAUGGGCGAGCCGAAAAAGCGAGGCGCAGAGGACUCCGACGAAGAAGAGGAGGGAAUCGCAGCAUGGGGUUCAUCAAAGAAGGAUCUUUACAAUGCAGACCAGAUCGAGACCGAAGUCGAUGCUCUUGAGGAAGAGCAAGAGGCAAAGCGACUGCAACAGAAGCAAUUAGAGGCUAUGAACGAGGCCGACUUUGGCUUCGAUGAAUCCGAAUGGGCAGACUCCGGAAAAGGCGCGGACGACGAAGCAGAGAACGCUGGAGAUGUCACCGAAGUCCUCCCACAAUUGGAAAUUACCGAGGACAUGAGCAGUGACGAAAAACUCAAGAUCUUGAAAUCGAGGUAUCCCGAAUUCCAGCCCUUGGCCAAGGAUUACGUCGAUCUGCAAUCAACCUACCAGACUUUGCAAAAGCAGGCGAAAAAGGCCUCAAAAACCACAGAUGAAACUGCAGAUGAGCCCCAGCCCGCACCCGUGGCUGUUGUGAAACUGCGCGCUUUGUCGGCAUACCUGGGUACCAUCAAUAUGUACUUCCUUCUUCUUACUUCUUCCUCCGACGGCACCGAGAGUCAUUCUCCGAUGUCCCCCACCGAGCUCCGACAACAUCCCGUCAUGCGCUCUCUCGUCAAGUUCCGCAAAAUCUGGGAGAAGGUUCAGGACAUUGAAGUCACCGAGAUCACUGAGGUGGUCAAGAAGUCUCCAGCCAAGAUCGAGUCAACUAAGGUCGAGGAACAACCCACCAAAAUUAAGGAAACUAAGAAGGUCAAGGAAACAAAGAGUCUCAGCAGGUUUGAGCGUGCAGCUUUGGCAGCACAGGCUAAGGCCGAUGCUCUUCUUGAGGAACGACUCCGUGCGACAAAUGCCGGUCUGGCCGACUUGGACGACUUGGUCACAGAGCCUACCCAGAAGCGCAAGAGUCAAAAGACCAAGACCCUCGCCAAGGAUGACGACUCUGACUUCGGUGACGAAGAUGCUCUUACAGCUCGUGAAGCCGAGGAGAAGCUUAAGCAGAAGCGCUCUCUCCGAUUCUACACCUCCCAAAUUGCCCAAAAGGCCAACAAGCGUCAUGCCGCAGGUCGCGAUGCCGGCGGUGAUGCUGAUAUUCCUCACCGCGAGCGCUUGAAGGACCGACAGGCCCGCUUGAACGCCGAGGCCGAGAGGCGUGGUCGCCAAAACCCUGAUAUUGGCCAAGACCUUGGCGGAGACAGUGACGAAGAAGACAAUCGCGUCCGAAAGGAGCUUCGCAAUGAGGGAGCCGGCGCGGCAGAUGACGAAUACUACGACAUGCUUGCGGCACGAGGCAAGCAACGCAAGGAUGACAAGCAGGCUCGCGCUGACGCCCACGCGGAAGCAGCCCGCCAAGGCGGUCAUGUUGAGGCACAGGAGAUUAUUGGACCGGAUGGCAAGCGUGCCAUUACCUACCAGAUCGAGAAGAACAAGGGUCUCAUGGCGAAGCGCAACAAGGACGUGCGUAACCCGCGUGUUAAGAAGCGCAAGAAGUACGAAGAGAAGAAGAAGAAGCUUGGCAGCAUCCGGCAGAUCUACAAGGGUGGUGAGGGCCGUGGUGGCUACGGUGGUGAGCUUACAGGUAUCAAGAAGAACCUGGUCAAGAGUGUCAAGCUCUAA